AUGUAUACGGUGCCAACAAAGAUGAGAAUCCUGCUCGCUUUCGCCUCCCUCGCCAUUUGCCCUUACUUGUCUUCUCCUCCUUUCUUUUCGGCUCUCGCCCAUUCGAGGUUUCUUCUUUCUUCCGAGUCCCUUUCUUCGCGCCUCGCGCGGGAGCACCUGGUCCGUCUCUCUCCCCGCUCUCCUCUCUCUCUCUCUCCUCUCUGUCUCUCUCCCCUCCGCCUCCGCUGGUUGCUUCCAUCGCCCCCCACCCGAGCCGACGCCGACACCGACGCCGCCGACGCUCCUCCACCUCCCUCUCGCGACAUCCGCUCUGCUCUCUCUCUCCCCCUCCGUGAAGUUGUGCCUCUCUUCCAGCGAAAUGACGAGCUCGACGGCGCCGGCGAUGGCGACGAAGCAGAAGACGGAGACGAAGAAGCAGAAGCGCUCGCGCUCGGGGUUCUGGAUAUGGCUCGUCGCGUCGGUCGCGUUCCGGCUCGCCCUCGUCUACCUCCUCAGGAACCUCCGCCUGUCCACCCGCCCCGAGGUCGCCACCCCUCUCACCAGCAUUUGCCACCUUGGCAAAGGCUACUGGUUGAAGCAGUAGGUGAUGUCUCCCUACGCAGGUUCCAUGUAUCACGGUUCUCCUUUGCUGUUGCUCGUUCUCGGACCUCUCGCUGUCAAAAGAUUUUGCCACUAUUUAGCAAGCAUAAGGUUGUACAUUUCAAUAAGACAGAUGCUCGUUUGGCAAACAAUGGAAUUUCACUAGAUCUUUAGAGGCUCAGAUGUUGAGUCAACUUUCAGGCUUUAAAAUAUACUCCUCAGAUCGAGGCUCUGGGGAACAAAUUAGUCCACCUCCUUCGAGAUAAGGGGCCUUUCAUGGCUUUGCAUCUGAGAUACGAGAUGGAUAUGUUGGCUUUCUCUGGAUGCACCCAAGGUUGUACAGCAGAAGAAGCUGAAGAGCUCAAGCGAAUGAGGUAUGCAUUCCCCUGGUGGAGGGAGAAAGAGAUUGUUUCUGAGGAAAGGAGAUCACAAGGUCUGUGUCCUCUGACUCCGGAAGAGACAUUUGACAAAGACACGCAGAUUUACAUCGCAUCUGGAGAAAUCUAUGGCAGCGAACGGAGAUUAGCCACAUUGAGGGCUGCAUUUCCACGGAUCGAGAGUUGACAUAUUAACGUGCUGUUAUAUUUCUAAUUCAGUGACCAACAUCUUCUGAUGCUAGCGGUGUUGAACUCUCUGAAGGUGAAAAUCGUAAUGGAGAAUGUUAAAAAGUUCCAUCUUCACCUUGAGGGCGUAUGUAAAAAUGAUCCAAGAACGGUAGACAGUGUAUAUAAAAGGAUGCUUUAGCGGCUGCUAAUGCUUGGAGCGUGAAUUAGAACAUCCAUUGAUGCUUUGCAAUUGGCACUGGGAUGAGUCCAUCUCCAUGUAAUUUGACACUUAGUUCUUCUAUCUUUUUUCACAGAUUUUACUUUUAUGUCAGGUUAAAAAUGGAGAUGCUGCUGGAUCCAAAGGAGUUGCAGCAGUUCCAUAAUCACUCGUCACAAAUGGCGGCUCUAGAUUUUAUAAGAUCAAUAGCCAGCAAUACUUUCAUCCCCACAUAUGAUAUCUUGGAUUUAAGAGAACCGUUCUCUUAGAUCGUAAAAAGCUUGUGGUGUUACUGGAUUUGUAUCAGAAUGAAACACUUUCACAGAAUGAUUUUGAAGUUGCUGUACGUCUGGCACAUGAGAAGAUGGGACAGCCAAAUCAUCGUAGAGUUAUUGUCGAUAAGCCCAAGGAGGAGGAUUACUUCUAUGCAAAUCCUCUGGAGUGCCUUUGCGAGCAACGUGACUGAUGAUUUGCUAGGCCUGGGCAAGAGGAACUCCAGCGAAGUCUCUAGUUGAUUGAUGGUGAUGAUCAACUAUUGUCAUCUGAACAUGUUCUGUACAAUAUGUUCACGGGCUUGGGAUUCAAGUUGAUCUCUACAAAAGUUGCAGUGGGCGCGGCAUAGCUGCAUUAGUUUUCCUUACAUUAAGAUAUGAAGACACUCUUUGAGUUUGUUGCGCGAGCUGCUCUGCUUUCAUCAUCGUGAAUGGUUUUUUGUUUGACCAUGAUAAGCAAAUGCCUGAGAGCCUAACAAGCAGCAGCCAGCAAAGAAUUCUUGUCUUCCUUCUAGGGCAACUACAAAGAUAAAUUCAUCAUUUUUUCUUGUCCAUAGUUAACGAUCGUAAUCUGUUGAGAAGUCCCUGAAAGUGAGUUUACAUAUUGCCCUUUUUGUGAUAACACAGAAUGAAAGCUUAUUUGGUUCAUGACUAUAAUUUUGGUUGGUUAAGGAUCCAUUAAGAUGA